AUGAGUGUCCUUGGUGCCCUAUCAGCCAUGGCCAUGAUUUCGCAAGAUUUCGGGGACGUCGCGAGCAGCAGAGUCACAGGGCGGUGGAGCAGAACACAGAGAAUAGUGCUGCAGAUACUCUACCAAGCGCUGGGGCUGGUGAGAAGCCAACACGCAAGUAGGGAGGCCGCAUCUCCCCUAUUGCUGGCAAUAUUCUUCACAUCGUUCCCCGGUCCAGCUCAUGACAGCGCGAUACAACUCAAAGCCAUCAUCAACGCCCUCGAAGGUGGUCUUGGCCAGCGACAAAACUUGGGUGGGGGUAGAAGAAGUAGCCAGAUCCUCGAUGUCGCCGUUGCUCUUGCCUGCUCAGUUGCUCACUGUUGCGGCAGAGCUACGUCUCGGCCGUCUAGCCAAUACUUUGCCGAACUCUGCAGACUGGUGGACCGGCUGGGAGUUCCAUGUUUUGCAAGGUUGCGAGCUGACGGUGCUUUUUUCUUGGCCCAGAAGACCGACGAUCUGCGAGACCUCGUAUUUGCAGAAACCUUGACGGGAGCCUUGACUAGCAAGGAUCGUUCUGUCCACGCAAACAGCGGCUCAGAAGAGACCUUUGCGGGCUUCCGAUGGGAAGAAGGCAUCAGCGAGUGGAUUGCGGUGAGUCCGGUAGCAAGACGGCGAAACGGCAUUGCACCAGCAGAGUUUGUAGUGCCUCGCCGGAGCAGCAGGCACAGAUGUGGCUCACUCGAAGAUCAACGGGACCACUCCGAACUGGAUAUGAUAUCGGGAGCUGCCGAAGAAAUCAGGCCUUUGAUGGUAAUGGCUAGGGCGGCGAGCGAGCCGGACGGCAUCCAGGUGGACCGGCAACAAGCAGGGAAAAGGCCGAGAGGAGAGGAACAUGAUCAUGGCAGCCAGUCCGGAGAAGCGCGGGCAAGAACGGAAGGCAUCGACGAGCUGAGCAUGUGUCAAGAAAACCGGCCACGGACUCUGGGCAAGUCCCAGUUGAGGAAUCAUACCAUGGCUAGACUACGGAGCGAGUGCCGGCGGGCUACCCGAAGCGGCGAGACGGGACCUCGCAUGGUUUUGGCCGAGCUGUGUGGUAGAGUUAACCCUACUGGCCACGGGGACGAAGACGAACUAGGAUUCUGA